AUGCCGUUACGCCCUACUGUCACCGCGGUUACGGCUGGUGUCCCACCCUUUCAUGGCUACGUGGAUACCACGGAGGACGCCCUCUGUCUAAUAGAGGCGGCUCGGCGGGGAAUCUUACCACGAGUCACACGCCGACUGAACGAACUGGAACGAAGAUCAAUGAUUAAGAGCGGUGCUGUUUUCGUCUUCAGUGUCGAGGAAAGUGGAAUCAAGCGAUGGACUGAGGGACUUACAUGGUCGCAGUCCCGUAUUGCUGGAAAUUUUCUUAUCUAUCGAGAGCUCGCAGAUCGAGCGGACACUCGUACCCACCACGAAGCUGCAACGCACUCUGAAGCAUCGCAGGAGGACCACUCUACGGAAGGAGGCGUCAUGCUUAAGCGAUAUGGCCUAAUAAAAAAGACAAUUACUGUCAAAAUUGACGGGUCAGACCACCACCUCAUAUCGUACUACACCCAAGAGGAUGUUCGUUCAGGCAGGCUUCAGCGUCCGUCCAGUCGGACAGACCUUCGGUCUGUUGAAAUCCCAGCGGAACUCCUUAAGUCCUCUAGUUUUCGGUAUCCGCUGAAGUAUGAAUCGCAACGUGGCAGUAAGCUGAACCAUAUAAAUGAUGGAGAUAGGAUUGAUAAUCAGCGCUCAGCUGUCCCAUCUUCGCCUUCAAGGAGGGCGACGGGCGAACCCGCACCACGUUUCUCCCCGAUUAGUCCUGCUCAAUUCUCACACAUACCUGCCCAAUCCUCCAACGCGUUCCAUCAAUCUCCAAGCAGGAAAUAUGAGCCGUCCUAUCCGUCCUUGUCACUAGCGCUUCCUGCGGAUGUUCGGCAGUCUGCAUCCCCAUCUCCCACAGACACGGCGUACUCCCCCCUCAGCGUCGAUAGUUCGCCGCUAGAGCAGAGACGGUCUUCGCCCUGGCCAUCCGCAAGCGGCGUAACUCCAUUUCCCGACCCUGCCGCAGUCUACGAAGCAAGGCAAAAUGCCGUGCAGACGGACCCUAGCUCGAUACCUGGGCGUAUCUGGCCCAAUCAACAGCCUGCUCGAUUCGACCGUACAUUCGAUCAAGGCGCUUCAAAUGCUGGAGCCGGCGCGCACCGCGUUGGAGUGUCUGCAUGGCCGCCAGGGACCGCUACGUUCUCUGGGCAAACAUACACCUCUGCGUCGCCGAUGUCGCCUCUAACCUCCAGCUACCCUGGGUCUUCCACACGAGGAUGCGACCAGACGCGAGCCAGGGUGUCGUCUCCUGCGUGGGCAUGGAUGCAGGACUCCGCUUCUUCUCAGUACUGUCAAUUGCCUCAGGCCGCUGCCUCGACGUUCUCGACGGAGCGCCAGGCAUCUGCAACAGAUUUGCCAUCACCUCGAAGUCCACAAGUACGGCCCCUGGGAUACCCAUACAGGCACUGA